AUGCAAAAGUUGCUGUAUCUACGAAAUUUACCAACAGCACUGAGAUCAGCGAAAAGCACUAUUCAAAUAAGAGCAAUGCACGUCAAGGCCAUCAAAAUGAGAUGGUUGACAGGUGGAGUCAACUACAGUUAUUUGCUGUCGAGUCAGGACAAAACUAAAUCAUGGCUGAUUGAUCCUGCAGAACCUUUAGAGGUGUUGCCAGAGCUUAACCCAGAGGAAUCAAAGUCAAUCGAAGCCGUCGUGAAUACACAUCACCACUACGACCAUUCUGGGGGCAACGGCGCAGUUGUUGCCAGGCUUGCGCAGCUGAAGGGCUCCGACAUCAAAGUCAUUAGCGGAAGCCAUACGUCACCUGGAGCUACUGAUAUACCAAAACACUUGCAAGAAUAUUCGCUGGGCGACUUGAAAAUUCGGUGCAUUCGGACUCCAUGCCACACUCAGGACUCGUUGUGUUACUAUGUGUCAGACCCGCAGACGGGCGAAAGAUGCAUUUUUACGGGCGACACUCUGUUCAUUGCCGGUUGCGGUCGAUUCUUUGAGGGAACGGGAGAGGAAAUGGAUGUUGCCCUGAACCGGAGAAUACUGGACGGCGUUGGCGAGCCUAACUGGGACACCACUAAGGUGUAUCCAGGACACGAGUAUACAAAGAGCAACGUAAAGUUUGUGCGUACCGUUGUCUACAAGAACUUGGGCGACAAUGCCGCCCUGGACAAAUUAGAUAAUUUUUGCAAAAAGAACGAAGUCACAGCUGGCGUUUUCACAUUGCACGACGAGCUCGAGUACAACCCGUUCAUGCGUUUAGAUGAUCCAUCCGUGAGAGUCGCAAUUGGCGAUUCGCAGGGUUCCUUGACGAGGGCCCAGGUCAUGGAUCGUUUGCGUAAGAUGAAAAAUUCCAUGUAG